AAGUCAGUGCGUGGUAGUGAAGCAGGCUGGAUUGAGGGCUUGAGUGCGUCCUGUGAGCGCAUGCGCGCUGAGUCUCAAACCCACCACGCUGGAGGAGAGUCGGAGCUCAGAUGAUGAGUGAGGGGUGUUUAGGUGUCGGGAGCAGGAGCUCAGAGAAGAGGAGGCUUUCACCAGGAGGAGCGUGAUGUGAUGUGAAUAUCCGGGACAGCGCCGUGGGGGUUUGUGUGGUUCAGGUCGUGGCCUGCUUGUUAGAGAGAUCUAUCCUUCCUUCCUUCCUUCUUCUUCUUCACCGUGAUGGCUGAUGAGCAGCAGCAGCAGCAGCCUCAGUCCGGCUCUGGGCUUCCAUCAGGACUGCAAGCAGCAGAAAGCAGCUCACUGCAGCUGAAAAUCAAGAACUCCAUCUGCAAAUCCGUACAGUCGAAGGUGGACAGCAUUUUGCAAGAUGUGGAGAGGUUUACAGACAUUGAGAAACUUUACCUCUACCUCCGGCUGCCCUCGGGCCCCAGCAGCAGCAGCAGCAGCGACAAAAUUGAGCAGAGCUGCGUGUCUUCGAGCCGUAUGCAGCAGAUGCAUGCGUUCAGCUGGAUUCGGAAUCACCUGGAGGAGCACACGGACACCUCGCUGCCCAAACAGGAAGUCUUCGACGAGUACAAGAGCUACUGUGACAACUUGGGCUAUCACGCUCUCAGUGCUGCUGACUUUGGAAAGAUCAUGAAGAACGUUUUUCCCAACAUGAAGGCGCGCCGGCUCGGCAUGAGGGGCAAAUCGAAGUAUUGCUAUAGUGGCCUGAGAAAGAAGCCGUUCAUUCACAUGCCGUCUCUUCCGAAUCUGGACGUACACAAAACGGGAGAUGGAUGUGAGGGGUUUGAACCUACUGGGCAGAACUCCAGUGGGGAGGAUGAGAUUCGCUCUGCUGCUUGUGAUCUGGUGUGCGAGUGGGCUCAGAAAGUACUGAGUCGUCAGUUUCUUAGUGUCGAGGACCUGGCACGCUUCCUGCUGAACAGCCACUACAUCAGCACCAAGUCUGUUGCUGCUCUCACCGUGAUGACAGGAUCCCCUCCAGGGGCCCCAAUGUCUGUUCAGUCAUCUGCGUUCAUGCCCACAACUGAUGCCCACUCAUUCCAGCCUCAGGUCAAAACACUGACAUCCCCUUCCAUUGACGCCAAGCAGCAGCUCCAGAGGAAGAUUCAGAAGAAGCAGCAAGAACAGAAACUUCACUCCCCGCUUUCUCCUGAAGGUCAGGGUAGGAGGGUGGAAGGGGUCACUACUCCUUGUCCAAGCACAGGAAUCCCAUGUCGAAGCCCUGCCCUACUUUCACCGCAGCCCACCAUCGGUAUUGUGGUAGCUGCAGUUCCUAGCCCAGUUACGGUUCAAAGAAGCAGACAGUUGAUGUCACCAAGCCCAGUACCUAUGGCAACUGCAGAAAGCAAGGUGCUCCCUGUCAAUUUUCAGGUGGUCACCCAAUCAGUGCAGCCUGUGAACCGAUGUCCAAAAACCCCUCAGAACGUCACUGCAAGUCCUGUUGGUGAUCGUCUCACUCGCCAUCGCUAUGCCCAGAUCCUGCCUAAACCGGCUACAACUAGCACAAUCACGCUACGUUCACCUCCUGCGCUCCUUAUCACCAAAAGUUCCAUCAAAACUGUCAUACCAACACCCAAGGAGAGCUCAGUGAACAUUGUAAAAAUGACAGCGAUAUCUCUGGGGCCCAGCAACAGCACCACCAGCACUGCUGCCACCACAGCUAGGCCUGCCUCUGCUGGAAUCACCAGCCGUAGUGAUGACCUCCAACCUGUUACACGUGUCCGUAGUGGCUCCAUUGCUGCAAUUCCAUCGACACUGUCAAAGCCAGGACAAACAACCCCAACACCAGCAGUCAACAUCAAAUUGGAUAUUGUUGAUGCUGUAGGGCAAGCAAGAGAAGCUCAGGGUGGGACAACUGGUGGGGGUACGCAAUUAGAAGGAGCACUCAAACCCAGAGCUGCAAGUGUGCCUACAUCUCUAGCCAAAAUGUCUGCAGAAUUGGACAGGCAAUCAGGGAACAAAUUUAAUGGUCAGAUGCUCCCUAAUGAAAGCAAUUUGGCUUCUGGCAGCAAUAACAAUCCCACUGAAAGCACUUUGUAUCAGGACAUGGCCAAUCAGAGUGCCGGUAGUGCUCCAACAAGAAGUAGUAGCACAUUUAUGACACCACCCAAGGAUCCCGAGUUGGCAUCUCCAAGUCCUCGCAAAAGACAAGGCUUACAUCCAGAUUCAAGUCUGACACCUGUCAAAAAAAUUUACAUUUCUGAGGGCAGUGAAGAACCUAAAUUGGCGAUGAAAAUUGCAGUGAAGAAUGUUUCCAGGUCAGACACUCCUGUUGAACCAGAAAGUGAACUUUCUUCAGCUGCUGGAAAGGUUAUGGUGAAGCUUGCGUCCAGUGCUUCUACUCAUAUCCUUGCAUCCUCUGAUAGUUCAGUUGGAAAUCCUGGCUUCCAGACUGUUGGCAGUUCCCAUAACAUCUUGCAGGAACAGUGGGAAGGUUCCUCGUCGAACGUAAAAAAUAUCACUACUGGUACCACAGCUGUGAGUGCCCCUUGCCAGGAUUGUCAGGUCGGGAAUGCAAGCUUUCAGACCUUUAACAGACCACGAAGUGUGUCCCAAGGACAGUGGGAAGGGUCUUCAUCCAAUAUGAACAGCAAGCCAUUAGUUACUCGCACUGUUGGUGCCCCAGGUCAGAUGUUGGUACAGCAACAUGCAAACAAUAAUACCCAAGCAGUUCAGGUAGGCUUGGAGCAGUCCAGCUCCUCUGCAGUAUGUGAACUGAAUGCUGUGCUUUGGAAUAAUGAGCAGCAAGAUGGCAAUCAGCAACAAAUUUAUUUUCAACAGGGGACAGUAAAAAACAAGCAAAUGUCUAGUUCUGUUAUGGAGACUCCUAUGAUGACUCGACCUACUGCCACAGGCCAGCGGAUGCAGGUGACUACUGAUAUGUUAGACCAUGUCUCAUCUCAGCCCCAUGUGGGUUGCUUCCCAUUUAACGAUGAUGACAUGACUCAGGACAGUAUCGUAGAGGAACUAGUUCAAAUGGAGGAGCAGAUGAAGAUGAACAGUUCCAUGCAAAACUUUGAUGGCUGUGAGGACAUGGCACUGCAAAGUCAACAGGCUGCUUUGCAAAACAAUAUGAUAUCCAGUCACCAGGCCAGCACUUCUUGCUACAAUUUGGCUAACACUAGCAGCACGCCUGUCCACACCCCCACCCAUGGCGCAGAGAUGAUAGGAAUGGGGCAGGGACUGACCCGUGAGAGCCCCUGCUCACAUUUUGCCCCUACCACCCCUGUAGACAGUGCACUGGGAAGCAGCUGUCAAACCCCAAUUGGAACACCCCACUCAAACUGCAGUAGUGGUGUUCCACCCAGUCCUGUUGAGUGUAGGAACCCAUUUGCCUUCACUCCUAUCAAUUCCAGCAUCACAAGUUACCAUGAUGGCAGCACUAUCUCGUCUAGUCCAGUCAAGCCCAUGCAAAGACCAAUGGCCACCCACCCAGAUAAAGCAAAGCUGGACUGGAUGAAUAAUAACUACAAUAGCAGUAGUAGUAAUUCCAACAGUGGAAUUAGCAUUCUGCCUAACUAUCAGAAUCUGGUGGAUAACCAAUUCAGGAAACCUCAUGCUUUUGCCAUUCCUGGCCAGACAUAUCCAUCACCAGUCAGGCACCAUGACAUGCACAUAAGUCGCUUGACAUCCAUUUCACCAGUCCAGCAGCAGGUGGCUAGCAUGGCAAAUCUUAAUAAACAGGAGGGAUUUGCUGUUCCAGCCCCACUUGAUAACAAAACCAACACUUCCUCCUCUGGAUCUUUCCGCUGCCGCAGUGUCAGUCCAGCAGUCAGGCAGCGCAACCUGAGUGGAACCCCAAACCCCAAUGUCCGCCGUUAUGUGGUCUCUCCUUUUAAUUCACCAGUGGCACCAGAAGUGCUGAAUAUCUUUGCUAAUAGUCAAGGGAAUACUAGUGUCAGCAGCAUGGUGCAGAGGAGUCAGUCUGUACCACUUAAUGUGAUGAUGCAGACAGAAGUUUUACCCAUGCAAGCUGGUGGGCAGACAAGCAAUACUAAAAACAUUACCAACGUCCUGCUUAACAAGAUGGAUGGUGAUGGAGACAAUGUGGUACGUGGACUUGGCAUGAACAAUAUUCCAUCCAGUUACACUGCUCGCAUGAACCUCUCACAAAUCCUGGAAACGACCUCUGCUCCUGGUUUCCCAGCCAGUGCCAAUCACCAGGCUAUGGUUUCGCCUGGCUCGUCAGCUUACAAAUUUACAAAGCCUGCUUACUUCAUGAAGAACAAUGGAGGGGAGCAAAUAAGCUUCUCGGCAAGGGAGGCCCAAGGGCAGUCGGUCUCAGAAGAGAACAGGCAGCAAAAUCAGACCUUAGUGGUUCCACCACAGCAAGACCUUCAGCACGAUCAGCACCAGCAGUCUUUCCUUUUCAACACCACUGAUAAAGACCUGUUAGAUGAAGACAGCUUGAACACUGUCUCACAGCUUCCAGGCCAGGCAAUCGAACUUGGCUCUGGAGGUUCAGAGUUUCCUGGUGAUAUGCAACUGACCUCUGAACUCUCCAGUAGCAUGAAUGAUUUAAACUCUUUAGAUGCAAACCUUCUCUUUGAUCCAGCAUCAAGUCAGCAGCAAGUGCAGUAUGAAGAACCAACACUGGAGGAACUAAAGAAUGACCCGAUUUUCCAACAGAUUUGCAAUGAGACUGUGAAUUCUGCUGGCUUUGACUGGUUGGAGAACAAGGACCAGGCAACUGUGGAAAUGUUGGGUUAAUUAGUAGCUUGAAUUGUUUCGAUGAGUAAUGGUUUGUAUCUCUGUUUUACAGGAAGCUUUAUUUAUACACAAAGCACUGUUGCAAUGAAUUGCUGGGCUCAGUUCCUGGGUUGAACAGAAAUGAUCCCUUUUUUUUUUUUCUUUCUUCGAAUACUGGUUCUUUUUUCCCCCAAAUUGUUCUCUGCACGUCUGUUCAAAUUGUGGUACUGUAAUGUUGAAUUUCUCUCCACACAUGUUCAAAUACUGGAAAGAGAACUUAAAAUUAACCAGGGUUCGAGUGUCUCAAAGAAAAUGGUUUGUAUUGCUUCCAAGAAAUUCUGUGAAAUUAUAAAUGGAUAAUUUUACAGUUUACCAAAAACAAGGGAUAUUUCUGCACACCUUGCAGGCAAGGUAUCUUUGUGUAAAUAAAAGGUUUUUUUUUUCUUUUUUUUAUGUUUAACACAAACUUUUAUUAAGACUUCGAGCUGUCUUAUAUACUGUGAUUCAUUUAGUCUUUUUUUUUUUUCAGCUUUGCAAAUGUCAAAUAGGUGCUUCCAGGUGCACAAAUUAAUAACAGAACUGUAAUGAAUAAAUGUAUUCCCUUAAAGGGGGAGAAUAUAAGAAAUGGGAAGAUUAUACCUGCUGUCUUUUAUAUAUUAUGAAGUUUUCAUAUAUACACUCAGUGGCCACUUUAAUAGGAACUUGUUCUUGGCUGCAGGAGUGGAACCCAGUGUGGGCUUCGGCUGUUGCAUGCUGAGAUGCUUUUCUGUCUGUCACGGUUGUAAAGAGUUGCUAUGAGUUACUAUAUCCUUCACAAACACAGUAACUGAGGAUCGAACCGAGGACCCUGGAGCUGUGAGGGCUGUUAAUUAGUUGAUUAAUUAAUUCAGGUGUGUUAGGAUCGGGGAAAGAACUAAACUAUGCGGCACAGUGGGUUUUCCAGGACCAGGGUUAGAACCUGUGACAUACACUCACCGGCCACUUUAAUAGGAACUUCUUGUUGAUUCCUGUUCUUGGCUGCAGGAGUGAAGCCCAAUGUGGUGUUCUGCUGUUGCAUGCUGAGAUGCUUUUCUGCUCAUCACAGUUGUAAAGAGUGAUUUAUAUGAGUUACUAUAUCUUUCCUGGCAAAAAACCUCAAACCAAUCUGGCCAUUUUCCUCUGACCUCUCUUAUCAACAAGGCGUUUGUUUCCACCCACAGAACUGUCACUCACUCAGUUACUCACUCAACGUUUUUUGUUUUUUACACCAUUCUAUGUAAACUCUAGAGACUUGUGUGUGUGUGAAACCCCCAGGAGAUCAGCAGUUUCUGAAAUACUCAAACCAGUCCGUCUGGCUCAAACCAACACCCAUACCACAGUGAAAGAAAGUCACACUUUGAGAUCACAAUUUUUCCCGUUCUGAUGUUUGAACAUUGUGAACAUCAUUAACUGAAGCGCUUGAUUUAUAUCUGCAUGAUUUUAUGCAUCGUGCUGCUGGCAAGGUAUCGGCUGAUUCAGAGAACUGCAGAAAACAGCAGGUGGAUGGGUGUUCCUAAUAAAGUGGCUGGUGAGUGUGUGUAAUAUAUAAAAUAUAGCAAUUGGCACGUAAAUGUUAUACAGUGGAAAAUUUGAAUGGCUUUUAAAGUCCAAAGAUGGAUAGUAUCAGUUUUAUAAUAAUAAUAAUAAUAAUAAUUGGCUUGCUCCUAAUUGUAAGUGAAUUAUUUCUUUGAAUUCAUGUGUCUUACUUUCAAUUUUCCUUUAUUUCUUUAUCUCAGGGUUUCCCCAAGUUCUAGCUGAGGGAUUAAAUUCAAUAAUUGAUGCAAAUAAUCCAUAUUGUUUGAACAACAAUCAUUAAAAGGCCUGAAUAUUUGCACUAACAGUCACCGUUUGUGUCCCACAAACUCCAAGCUGCCUUUUCUUUUCUUUUUUUUAAGGCACGAAAGAUAGUUGUUUAAAAAAAGAAAAAUGAAGGGCAUAUUCUUAAUGCUUCAAUCCAGACAUCGCCGGAGCAUGAUGAACAUGACUGUUGUCUAUUUUCUGUGUGCGGUCACUGUAUUUUUCAGAAACCUUUAAAACUACUACUGUAAUUACAGUGAUUCCUGAUUGAUAUAGAGUCCAGCCCUUUUGAGUCGCAAAUGCAAAUUUAGAUCUCGAGUAAGAAAAUGUCAAGAAGAUAUUUAAUUCAGGAUCUGAUCAGGAUAUAGAUUUUAUUAUCUGUGCAUUUUUUUAAAAAUCGGUUGAUCUGCCACUUUUUUGGUUUAGUGGCAGUUAAUUUUUUCCCUUUUUUAUAAUUGAAUGCAUAAAUUUUGCAUUUUUUUAUGUGACCUUUUUACAUCUUCAGUGUUUUGCAUAAGAAAAAUUUUCAAUCAAUCAGAUUGAUUUGUCAUUGUAAGAAGUGCACUGUUGUACUGAAUAUUUUUAAACUUUGCAAUUUGUGACUUUUGUUCAAUUACUAUCCUUGCACUGUUAGAGAUUAAAUAUCAUAUUAAAUAACAGGAUGAGUAUUACUAUGUCAUUGGAUAAGCUGAGAACACUGGAAUUUGAGCACGUCAUAGCUAAAAAAUUAUCUGGCUCAAGUAAUAAAUGUUUUUUAUACACGAUACAUAAGAUUGUGUAAUUGGUAUACAGCAUGUAGCUAGUUCUCUUGUACCUGAUGCAGAAACACAGUGUCAACUUGUGAUAAGGUCUCCGUAAUCCAUCUCAGCCUUACUGUCCCUCCAUGCCAAAGAAAAGCUCUGGAAUUUGAGAUUUUUUUUUUUUAUUUGGAAUUUUAUACCCUUUUUUAAAAUCAUAAUUUGAAAAUGUUCAAAACGUGUUUGUUUUUUUGUAAUUUGUAACAUGCAAUCUGUCAUGUAGCACUGAAACUUUUACUAAAAGAAUGUGUAAAAAAAAAAACAUACUAAUGGUAUAAUUUGUUUUAAAAAAAUAAAAAAGGUGUAGCCGUGCAGAAGACUGUUAAAGUAAUCCACUGGUUUUAAGUGUGGUUGUAAAUAUCAAACCUGUAUGUGAGGAAUCGCAGGCACUGUUUAAUGUUCUUGCUGUAGUUAUUGUUGUUGUGGUUAGUAAACUGUUAAACUUAUUUAUCAGAAGCCAGCAAAUGUGUAACCUGCCUGAGGAAUCAGUCCUCGUGUACAAAAAGAUAACUGCAUGUGUACGUAUGUAUUUUAGUUUUGUAUUUGUUUAUAAUCUGUAAGGCCUGUAAUAGAUUGGCGACCUGCCCAGGGUGAACCCCGCCUCUCACCCAAAGCUUCCCUCGCGACCCUGACGGAUAAACGGGAUAGAUAAUGGAUGGAUGGAUGAAUGAAUGUUUAGGGAAUGUAUCUUUCGGUCAUGGACAGGGAAUUGAAUCUGGAAAUCCAGCGCCUUAAAUUGGACAAAGCUUUCAAGGUUCAUUAUUACUGUUGCACUAAUUUCUUCUUUAAGAUAAUUAUUUAAAAAAAAAAAAAAAGACCCCAAAAUAGUAUUGAGUUUUUAAAACCCAAGCUUAAAAUCUUAAAUUAAAAAAAAUAUCAUCCCAGUGUUUUAAUAUAACAAGCGGGAAAUUAUUUGCUUACUAUUUUCUGUAAAUUUUUUCAAAGCUUGUUUAAUAUGAUUUUCUCACUUUAUCAUAAUAAUAAAAUGUAUGUAUGAAGUUUCUUUCUUUAAUCAAUAUAGCCAGAACUGUGGCUAUUAUUCUGUGAUCUAAUACACAUUAUCUUGACCCCUUUGUUGUGUUAAACCCUGUACAUCAGUCAGACUUGCUUCAUAAUGUUGCUCUGAUGUUUUAGAAAGUUUUUUUUCUCUUCCUUUUUGCAUUGAA